AUGUUGCUUCGCCGUUUGCCGUGGACGGCGGUUUCCGCUGCUGCACCAAUUCCACUACAUUCUUGCAUUAAAGUUUUCACUUCCAUUCCAAAGCAACUCUCCUUCUCCCCUUUAUCCUUCUGCUCCACCUCUGACCUCCAUCUCACUCACCAUCCAGACAAACAUGAACACGAACCGGAUAAUCGUCGCCCGCAGCAUCUGAAACCCGACCUUUAUCUCGUCGGAACACCGAUCGGAAAUCUUGAAGACAUCACAUUCAGGGCUCUUCGAGUGUUAAACUCAGCCGAUGUUAUACUAUCAGAAGACACAAGGCACUCUGGGAAAUUACUUCAUCACUACAACAUCAAAACACCCCUGAUGAGUUAUCACAAAUUCAAUGAAUCACAAAGGGAACAACUUGUGCUCAGAAGGUUGAAACAAGGUGAGAUUGUGGCACUUAUAAGUGACGCUAGAACGCCGAGUAUAAGUGAUCCUGGUAUGGAGUUGGUAAGUGUGCUGCUAUUACUGUGCUUGUUUAUUCUUAUCAUCACUUCUAUUCUAUUUUGUUUCAUAACUUUAUUCAUGGUGAUAACAAUGCAUGCCAAAUUAUGUGUUAGUGAAAAUGUUCUGGUCGUUCCAAUCCCAGGUCCUUGUGCUUUGGUAUCUACUCUUUCUGCCUCGAGUUUAUCCACAAAUGAAUUUACAUUUGGUAAUUAA